AUGAUUCUGGGGUGUUUCCCUGUAAGAAGCAAGAAGAAACGAGGCUCUGUUUCAAUGAAGCGAAUGGAGCCUGAAGAAAGCAUACCAACUGCUUUACCGGAACCGCCGAAGAUUCCUCCAAGCCGUAAUCUACAAUCUGCUCCUCCAAGUUUCAAGACUCGAGUGAAGCCAAUUCACUCCAACAACAACGGUGGACCAGCAGGAGGAGGGAUGAGUAGCAGCCGAGCAAGAGUGAUGUCUGCUCCGUCAAGCAUCCACGGUGUAGUGGACCGUGAUUUGCUCUCAGGAGGUUCAGGAGCUAACCUCGAUGAUCAAGACGAACAACAACAACAGCCGAGAGUAUCUAACCCGCAACCGCUUCCGUUACCGUCUCCGAAGACGGCUUCUUCUUCGUUGAAGCAUUGGGGCAGUUUCAAAUCUUUCAACGGAAGAAGCAGCCAAGUCUCCGCAUCCACAUCAGCUUCAGCUGGGCCUUUGCCUUUACCACCAAGCGGUUCUGUUAGAAGCUUCUCUUAUGAUGAAGUUGUGUCCGCUUGCAAGGCGUUUUCUUCAGACCGAUGCGUCUCUGAAGGCCUGUCUUCUGUUGUCUACAUGGCUUCGUUUGGUGAUGAGGCUUCGACUGUUAACUUAAAGAAGGUCGAAGCAACUGUUGUCCGCCUUCACGUAACCACCACUCAGAGUAUCAGAGAGUUCAUUAAUGAAGUGAACACGUUAGCGUCACUGCAACACCAGAAUCUCUGUAAGCUUGUUGGCUACCAUGCGCGUGAAGGAUCCGACACAAGAAUGUUGGUCUACGAGAGGCUUGCUUACGGAAGCUUGGACCGGUUGCUUCACGGGAGAUCUGAUGGUCCUCCGCUUGAUUGGAACACUAGAAUGAAGAUUGCGUUAUGCGCUGCUCAGGGUCUUACCUUCUUACACGAAGAAGGCCCGUUUCAGGCAAUGUACAAUGAGUUCUCAACGGCGACUAUCCAAGUGGAUAAAGAUUUCAGCGCCAAGCUGUCAGGAUACGGUUGCGUAAGCCACGCGCCAGAGACGGAGACCUCGAACAGCUCAGCGCUUGCGAAUCUCUCGGUGGAGACGAUAGAGAGAGGGCUUCUGACACCGAAGAGCAACGUGUGGAGCUACGGGAUAGUUCUUCUCGAGAUGUUGACUGGUCGGAAGAACAUGGACGGGUCGUAUCCGAAAGAAGAAAGGAACUUGGUGAAAUGGAGCAGAGCGUUUUUAGCUGACGACUGUAGGCUCUCGCUGAUAAUGGAUCCUCAGCUUAAGAGUCGGUUUCCGGUUAAAGCGGCGCGGAGCAUUGCGGAUCUUGCGCAGAAAUGUCUUCAGGUUGAGCCAUCAGAGCGUCCUACAAUGAGAAACAUUGUGGAUCAGCUUAAGAUCAUACAGGACAUGAAGUACGCGUGUAGGUUUCCGUUACGAGAACCUGCACCGGUCGCGGGAAGGAAACAUAUGGGAAGGUCUAGUAGUCUUAAUACGAUUGUUUGGACACCGGCGGCGGCAGCGCCACCUAGGUCGAGUUUUUCGCCGUCGCCUCCAGCACGACGACCGUCGGUUUCGCCCAAAAGGGGACGGGCGAUCGUGUUCCCGGCGGUGGUUCCGCAACGAGUGUGUUCGACGUUGGAGGAGAUAAGCCGGGAAGAGGUUCGGAGAUAUUCAUCGGCCAGUGGUAGGAGAACUAGCCUCGAAGGGUUUUGA